GCAUGCUUUCAAAUAGUCGUGCGCGUAUUUAUGACUAGUGAGUCGAAGACCGAAGUAUUCAUUAUUAUGUUAUCACACGUUACAUCACCGCCGCGCCGUCCUCAUCAUACUAAAAAAAUAAAAGAAAACUUCAGAGUUCCAGAAAUAACAGCUGCAUCUGGAAAUGAAGUAUCAGCAUCAGCAGUAUACAACACAUUAGAAGACUGGAAUUUAGUAGAAAAUGUUCAAGCUUUUGGUUUUGACACAACAGCGUCAAAAACUGGCAGAUUGAAAGGAGCGUGUACUAUACUAGAGCAGAAGUUAGAAAGAGAUGUAUUAUAUUUUGGAUGUCGACAUCACGUGUUCGAAAUUGUAUUGGCAGCAGUUUUUACAAAAUGUAAAUUUACCGUAUCUGGACCAGACAUUCCAUUAUUCAAAAGAUUUCAGGCAAAUCGGUCCAAAAUAAAUACUCAACAUUUUAUUCCGGGCAUAAAUAGUACGAAAGUACAAGAGGUCUUCAAAAAUAAUUUAGAUGAUAUUUUAAUAUCACUUAAAACGGCCAUUUCAAAAAAACUACCCCGUGAAGACCACCGCGAGCUUUUGGAUUUGUCAAUCAUUUAUCUUGGUGGUGUGCCUCCAGGUGGAAUACAUUUUAGGAAACCUGGAGCAUAUCACAUGGCAAAGUGGAUGGCAAAAGCCAUAUACACUUUAAAAUUACAUCUAUUUUAAACAGAAUUUAAAUUAUCAAAAUUAGAAGAAAAGUCGUUAUUUCAUAUUACAUCAUUUAUUGUAAAAUGUUAUGUUAUAUAUUGGAUUUAUGCUGUUGAGGCCGCAUCUGCCCCUUUAAACGAUAUCAAGUUUCUAAGAGAAUUAAAAUAAUACGAAGAAAUAGACAAAAAUGUAUCUGAAGUAGCCUUUUGUAAAUUUAUUAACCACCUUUACUAUUUAAUCGAAGAGUGUGCUGCAUUUGCAUUAUUUGAUGAAAGUAUAGAUGUUAACACAAAAUUAAUCAUGGCAAAAAAUAUAAAUGAGCAAAUCAAUAUCGAUGAGUCUGAAGUUCACACGAAAAAAUACAACUUAAAAAUUAGUGAAAUAACAAUUUUUUUAAGCAAACCAGACAAAGAAAUUUUAAUAUCACUGUUAUGUCAAAAAUCAGCAAAUAUAUUUCAGCGUUUUAAAAUUGAAAACUUUUUACACAUUUAUCCGUCUCUAUGGUUAAACUCAAGUGCUUACCAAAAAGGAAAAACUAUCAUUGAACAACUAAGAAAUGUCAAUAAUUCAGCUGAAAGAGGCAUAAAAAUUGUAGAAGAUUAUAAUAACAGUAUUACGAGAGAUGAAACUCAAAAACAAUUUUUAUUACAAAUGGUCAAGGACUAUAGAUCUAGAUAUCUUGAAACAACAAAAAGUGCUUUGUCCUCUCCUAUGAAUAUUUAAAUUCAAGAAAACAAA